AGAGAGAGAGAGAGAGAGAGAGGACGGAGUGGGAGCACAGCAGCGUCUCUCUGAACAACCUCUAAAUCGUGUGAUGCAGCAGCGCUGAUGAUCCAACGCUCCAGAGGCAUCAUGGUUCCUGCUCUGAGGCCACUGUUCCUGCUGUUGUGUCUGUCUUGUUGUCUUCUGACUUCGGCCGCAGAAGGAAAAUCUACAAAGAAAGGGAAGAAAGGAAAGCAGGUCGUCUGCCCAUCUCAGCUGUCUGCUGAAGAUCUGGCUCAGGUUCCAGAAAAUUCCACUUCCAACAUCCUGAACCGCCUGAUGGUCAGCUACGACCCUCGAAUACGACCCAACUUUCAGGGGAUCCCUGUGGAGUCCAAAGUGAACAUCUUUAUCAACAGCUUCGGAUCCAUCCAGGAGACCACAAUGGACUACAGGGUGAACAUCUUCCUCCGUCAGCGGUGGAACGACCCUCGUCUUCGUCUGCCCACAGACUAUAAGAGUGACUCUCUGACCAUCGACCCAAACAUGUUCCAGUGUUUGUGGAAACCCGACCUGUUCUUUGCCAACGAGAAGAGCGCCAACUUCCAUGAUGUGACGCAAGACAACAUCCUGCUCUUCAUCUUCAGAAACGGAGACGUGCUCAUCAGCAUGAGGUUGUCAGUGACCCUCUCAUGUCCGUUGGAUCUCACUCUCUUCCCGAUGGACACACAGCGGUGUAAGAUGCAGCUGGAGAGCUUCGGUUACACCACCAGUGAUCUGGUGUUCAUGUGGCAGUCUGAUCCCGUUCAGAUGGAAGAAAUUGCUCUGCCUCAGUUUGACAUCAAAAAAGAAGACAUCAUAUAUGGAAACUGCACAAAGUACUACCAGGGCACAGGUUAUUACACCUGUGUGGAGGUGAUCUUCACUCUGCGUCGGCAGGUCGGCUUCUACCUGAUGGGAGUGUAUGCUCCGACUCUUCUCAUCGUCGUUUUGUCCUGGUUGUCGUUCUGGAUCAAUCCAGACGCCUCGGCCGCUCGAGUGCCACUGGGUAUCCUGUCAGUCCUGUCUCUCUCCAGUGAGAGCAUGUUGUUAGCAUCAGAGCUACCAAAGGUUUCUUACGUGAAGGCCAUCGACAUCUGGCUCAUUGCCUGUUUGCUCUAUGGAUUUUCAUCUCUGGUUGAAUACGCUGUGGUACAGGUGAUGUUGAACAGUCCCAGACUGAUCGAAGAGGAAAAAGCUAAAAUGGCAGCCAAGGAGAAAGCUUUGAAAGAGAAAGAGGAAGGAAAGAAAACUACAAAUAACAAAAGUAACAACACAGUGAAUGGAACAGGAGGAACACCUAUACAUGUAAACACCCUUCAGGUCGUAGAAACUCGCUGUAAGAAAGUCUGCACCUCCAAGUCAGACCUUCGCUCCAAUGACUUCAGCAUCGUGGGAUCUUUACCACGAGACUUUGAACUCUCUAAUUUUGACUGUUAUGGUAAACCAGUGGAAGUUUUGGGAGUGCUGAAGUCCCAGAGCAAAGCCAACAAGAAACCCCCCCCACCCAAGCCAGUCAUACCUGCUGCUGCUAAACGCGUUGACCUGUAUGCACGAGCCCUGUUCCCCUUCUCCUUCUUAUUCUUCAAUGUGGUCUACUGGUCUGUCUACCUGUGACAGAGCAACACAUGGACCGCAAUCUCUCAACACAACAUCAGAAACUUUACUCCAAUAAAAACUAAGAUAUUCAACCUUCAGAGUCUGCAGAGAGAACCUAGGACCCUUUGGAACAUCUCUUUAAUUCUGCAUGUGUGUUUCUGUCUGAUACAGACCAUUAAGCUUCAUGUUAAUCCAAAACCUGCGCUUUGCAUUAGAAAUAAACGCUUUGACUGCAGCUAACCUUACUGCUAACACUUCAUGAUCUAAGUAUAGCACUCCAAAUACCCCCCCCCCAAUCUCGUAUAAUAAAGCCUUAAAUAAUUAAUAUAAAUACAUAUAUGAAGAUAUAGUAAAUAAUAUAUACCUCUGUUUUUCUGCUCACAUAUUUUACAGAAAGAGUUUAAUUUAUACUUAAAAAGACCUGUUCUCGAAGAGAAAGAAUGACAGCACUUUUUUUCUUAAAUAUUUUAUUGUUUUUAAAACAGCGUUACAUUUUGAUGAAUGGGAACUCAACUUCAUUUUUUAUAACCAAAAACCACAAGUAUUUCAAUUAAGCAACAAAUGUUCCUGGUUUAAACCAUAGACAGUAUAUAAUUAUCAUUUUAUACAGUCUUUGGUUAAAAUUAAAACAAUUAAAUACAGUUAAUUUUCUAACAGGUUGAUGACAUCACUUCCUGUCCUUGCUCUGGUCCAGUUUCACAGGUGGACUAGGUCUUCAGAUGUUUUUAGUCCAGGUGUUUGGUGUGGAGUCUUACUCAGCAGGUUUUGAUCUGAGCAUUAAAUAAAGAUGAUCAUUAAUAAAAUAUGGUAAUAGUCCAUAUUAGGACAUAUAUCAUUAUGUAACAUAUCUGUUAUUAUGGCUGAACUGUUUGAGUGACACUGAUAAUACUAACCCAUAACCUUAACUAACCCACCCAUGACCUUACCCAUAACCUUAACCCUGUUUGCUGAUAAUUUAUAAAGUUUAACUUUUAUGUGUUCAAGUUUUUUAUAUAUUCUUUACUUUUAUCUUUAAUUAUAAAAUGUAACAAAGUGAAAAACUGCUCUGAAUGAUUAAAAAAUCCCAACAUACA